AAUUGCUUUGAAAUAGCCAAAACAGCAUUGCCGUUAUGUUCAUAACCAGUCGUGAUGUAAAAAUACGUAGAGUCGGAACACGCCGACUCGAUGUGUCUUGACACCCGUGCAACUUCAUAUGUUAAGGCAUUUGUGUGACCUGGUGUACAAUUAUUUUCGUUGCUUACUUCAGUAUUCGGGAGCAUGAAAAAUAAGAGAAAAAUAUCAUUGCAUUGAAAUUCAUACUUUGAGUUAUUUAUUCCUUUUGCGUACAGAUAUAAUAAUAAAAUUUAAACUCUAAAGUUUGAGACCUUGUUAAGAGUUAACACUUGCGUGCAAAUAAGAAGGCAAACUUCAAUCUUAAAAGUUGCGAAGCAAAAGAUUUUAUAUGUUUUGUUAAAAGUUAGAAUCUUUGACGUACAAAUAAGGAAGCAGGUUCAAGCUCGAAGGUUUAAAUGUCCCUAUUUGUUAAAAGUUUACAUCUUUUGCAAUACAAGCUGUAAGAUUCGAAAAACUCUGUAUGCUUUGUUAAGCGUCAAGUUUGAAUGGCUGUAUAAUCGAAACUGUCACAAGCUUAUCGCUAGCCUUUCCAUUUUUCAUUCAUUCUCUAAUUAUGCUUUGAGAUAGUAGCGCUAUUGCCAAUAAUAUUCGAGGCAUUGAAUAAAUAUUAGAUCAUCUCGGCAUUUUCCCGCCGCAAAAUCGUCCGCCGCGUUAUAUUUAUCUCGCGCUCGACCUUAUCGUGCAUUUAUAAGUGCUUAUGCUACCGUCAUUACUUUUUAUCGCGUUUGAAUUCGUACAUUUUUAAACAGAGACCAGAGAUAAAAUUUUCUUAUGCGUCUCAAUUUUCUCCACUGAAUCAAUCUUCGCAUCUUUUAGAAUUUAUUUUUAAUCCCCCUUUUUUCCUGGGAAAUUUUUCCGUUUGCCGCGUCUCGAGUGUUUGGAAAAAUGUUUCCCUGGCUCUCAAAAACAUCUGACAUUUCCUCUAUUUUCUUCCGCACCCUUUGCUCUUUCUAGCAAACUUCUGCUCUUUCUUCAGCGAUCGAUUACCUCCGCCGCGAUAAUCUGCGCGGAGACUUUCUUCGUGGCUUGGUUUAUCUCGUUUUACGUAAAUGCGGAGGGACGCCGGGGCACGUUCCACGAACAACAAUCGUGACAAUUUCACGCUGCGAGAUACGGCACUAUUUUUCUCAGAUAACGAGAUGACCGAGCGCGUUUCGCGGCCGAGGCUCUUAUCGAUGCCCGAAGUAGAUUAAGUCCUCAUUAAUCAGGAUUUCUAGAGCUUUAAAGGGGAGAUGCGCGAUGGCCUUUCUAUAUGCAAUGAACGCGCGCCAAUAAUAACAUUGUUACGAACAGCUUUAACGAGCUUUAAACUAUUCCAUAUUAUCAGCGAGUAUCGCCGUUAUCACUUCGAAUCACGCGCUGCUUUGUCAAAAGCACUUCUUCAGAUGAUACUGAAAUAUCGUUAGAAAAAAAUUUAAUGCGAGCAUAUUUUCGAUUUCUGCUUAUUUGUUAUCGUAGCACUCUAUAUUUUUUUUUUCAAACAUUUAAUCUCAUUUAAUUUUUAUAUAAUCUAUAUCAUUUCUCCAGAAAUAUCAACGUCAUUAACAUAGCGAGAAAAAACUUUUUUUAAUUUUCAUAAAUUACAAAGAAAUGAAUACAAAUUCAAUGAAAGGUCAAACUAUUCUCGUAAAUAUUUGUCUGUCCAUCCAUUUCUGUUUUUAUUUGAAUCCCUUAUUUGUCUUUCAUUCUUUAUUUACUUCGAUAUUCAACCAGUGUACCUUCUUUAUCUUAUCUUUACUGCUAUCUAAUCCUGUCGUUUCCGCCCUUCGAUCACAUGCUCGUAAAUUCUUUCUGUUCGACGAAACUUCGCGCGUUUCCCCAUCCGCAUGCGCUUCAUUGUCACGCUCUCUUAUUCCGGCGCACCGCUGCCAAUCAUGUCAGUCCUCCUCUCUCUCUUUCUCUCUCUCUCACCCACAAGUCGCAAGCGCACCGCAUCGCAUAUAAAGCUUUCACGACCUGUAGCCGGCAGUUUAUUCGCUUCGCGCGAGCCGCAACGUGAACGAUAAUCGUCCGCGCCAGUUGUUCAACCUCGUUCCCGAUUCACGCGGUCCUGCACUCAACGGCUCCGCAGAAGUGCGAGGAAAGGCAAUAGAGAGGCUCUAAUCUUCUUAAUCUUCUCAAACGCGCCGAAUACGAGAGACAACAGGAAACACGGCAGGGUUCAAACAGAUGUAUCGCACGUGGAGAAGGACCCUUGUGGGCUUUUACGAGAUCGGACGCACGAUCGGUCUCCUGACCUGUCUCUGAGAAUAAGAGUUUCGAGGAGCCUGCGCAUCCUCGAACAAAUUAAAUCGCCGGUCCAAGGGGUGGAGAUCGAGGGGGCGAGAAAGGGAAGAGAAAAUACACGCCGGCAAUGAGCAGUCAAACCCCCGCGGUGAUAACAUUGUGAUCAACGGACUGUGAUAUACAUAUACACCUUUCAGUACAUUAUAUACAUACGUAUCGUAUAUACCUCAUCGAAGAAGAGGCCAACCACGACGACGUGCGCCAUGGCAGAAAAGGAUUGCAGCGCCGGCGAGGACGCGGAGAAGACUUCGCUGGUGGACUCGACCUUGCUUCCGAAGAUUCAGUCGUCCACGUUGCCUGCCGACGAGAAGACGAACCUGAACGGCGAUGGCGCGAACGGCGCGAUUCCGAACGGUGAUCCCGAAAGCGGCCGGAUGCAACGAGGAAGUGCUGUCCGGCAAGUUUUGGCCGCUUUGGUGGCCCAGCUUGGUACCAUCAACACGGGUAUGACGUUCGGUUUCUCCGCCAUCGCUCUUCCACAACUCCAGGAACCUGAUAGUAUCAUACCUAUUGAGGAGGGAUCGACGGAGGAAUCAUGGAUCGCCAGUAUGUCCUCGAUCGGCACGCCGAUCGGCUGCCUGAUGUCCGGCUACAUGAUGGACAUGUUCGGCAGGAAGCGCUCGCUCAUCAUCACGGAGAUCCCGGCGCUGCUCGGCUGGCUGCUGAUCACAUUCUCGACGGAUAUACACAUGAUAUACGCCGGCCGGUUCUUCGUCGGCCUGGGAUCGGGGAUGGUGGGCGCACCGGCCCGCGUCUACACCAGCGAGGUGACGCAGCCACACCUGCGGGGGAUGCUGACCGCGCUGGCGAGCGUCGGAGUCAGCACCGGGGUGCUGAUCGAGUACGCUCUUGGCAGCGUUUUCACGUGGAACGUCUGCGCGGCCAUCAGCAGCAUCCUGCCGUUCACCGCGUUGCUGCUGAUGUUCUUCUUCCCGGAGACGCCGUCCUACCUCAUAUCGCGCAACCAGCCGGAACAAGCGCGGGAGGCGCUGGAAAAAUUCCGCGGCAGUACUUACAACGUGAAGCGGGAGAUGGACACGCUGGUGGAGUUCUCCAACAAGAACAAUAUCAAGCGACUCACCGGGUUCCAGGAGAUCGCGCGCGCCAUGCUGCAGCCCAGCGCGCUGAAGCCGUUCACCUUGCUGUUCCUCUACUUCCUUAUAUACCAAUGGUCGGGGACUAACGUCAUCACUUUCUACGCCGUCGAGAUCUUUAAGGACUCCGGGGCGAGCAUGAAUAAAUACUUGGCGGCGGUGAUCCUGGGAAUAGUCCGUCUGACCUCCACGAUCGUGGCCUGCGUGUUGUGCAGAAAAUGCGGCAGGAGACCGCUCACGAUGGUGUCUUCUAUUGGCUGUGGGCUCUCCAUGGUAGGAUUAGGCGGCUACAUGUGGCUGAAGGAAUAUUGGGUUGCGAAUAAUAUACCAUUCGUAGCCACGUGGUUUCCCGUUAUGUGUAUAUUUUCGUAUACCAUUACUUGCACCCUGGGUUUCUUGGUAAUUCCUUGGGUGAUGAUUGGCGAGGUUUACCCCGUGCAAGUACGUGGCAUCAUCGGCGGUUUGACUACCAUGUGCGCGCACUUGUUUAUCUUUAUGGUGGUCAAAACUUAUCCGUUUUUAGCGAGCGCGCUCACUCGUCACGGCACGUUUAUUCUCUACGGUGGUAUAUCCUUGUUCGGAACGAUAUACUUCUACCUGUGUCUUCCGGAAACCAAAGGGAAAACGUUGCAGGAGAUCGAAGAUUAUUUCUCUGGCAGAGCUAACAAUUUAACUAGUAUGAACAACAAGCCAAAAAUUUUAGACAUUAAGAAAGGUCAGAUGUUACCGUAAAAAAAAAGGAAAGACGAUUUUAAUUACUUUUAUAAAAAAAACAUCUAUGUGCCUAUGUAAAAGAAUCUACUUAGUUAGGAGAAAGGAAAGCAUUUGUUUGUAGCAACUAGGUUUAUGUAAAGUGACUGCCAUGAAUACUGAGGCACAAAAAUUAAGAAUGUUAUUUUUAUGUACAAAACUAAUAUUAUCGGCAAAGUACUCAAAUAACUGACGUUUGCUUUGUGUAACAAAUGUAACGUUUUAAGAAAUUAGAAGUUUUUUAACAGAUGACAGAAA